AUGAAGCGAACUUCGGUUAGAAAUAGUCCUAAAGUUUCAAGAUCAGCAGGUGAAAUACAUAUUGUUGUUGACAAUUCGAAUCUUUUUAUUGGUUCUCAGAAUGGUCAAGGUAUCAAUCAACAGCAAGAUACGUCUGUUCGUAUUAAUGUUGGAAAUUUAGUUGCAAUUAUUGAACAGGAUAAAAAUUCGAAGGAUAUUAAAACGAGACUUGUCGGUGGUAGCACUCCACCGCGUACAUCACGAGUUUGGAAUGAAUGGGAGAAAUGCAACUAUACAUGUUUACUAGGCGAUCGGUCAAUACUUAAUAGAGAAGUGUUCUUAGAUGAUAUGUUGCAUUCUCAAAUUCAAAAUUUAAUCUUGAGGAAUAAUUCUCACCAAGGUAACGUACAACAACGUCUUGUAUUAAUUACUGGUGAUGGAAAUGCAAAUGAUAAUCGUACGAAUUUCCCAGAUAUAGUAAACAUUGCACUCAAUUAUGGAUGGACAGUCGAAUUAUGGUCAUGGGAAAUAUCAAUGAACAAGAAAUUCUCAGACAUUCAACGAAGAAAUCCUUCAAAAAUGUCAAUAAAUUAUUUAGAUCAGUACAGGUCCAAAAUUACUUUUAAACAAAACCAACAACAACAGCAAAAAAUCAAUAAUCAAUUGAAUUCUUGGAUUUCUCCUGCUUCAAUUUUUGUCUUGUGUCUUGGCAUAUUUCUUUGUUUUUUUCUGAUCUACUGGUGGAACUAUAUUUCUUAG